CGUGUCCUGGCUGCUCAUCCCACCCGAGACCAACCUUGCUCUCUCUUACCGAUCGACGCCGGAGACCAGAAGCGAAGCAAGAUGUCUCAGACUCAGAUGGAAAAAUGCUGCGAAUGCAUCAUCGAUGUCUUCCACAAAUAUUCCAUCCAAAAAGAACACCAUGACAGGCUCUCCAAGGCCGAGUUAUCCAAACUGCUGAAGGAACAGCUUCCAAACUUCAUCCAGGGCAGUAAGGACCCCGCAGCCAUCGACCGUCUUUUCAAGGAGCUGGACCAGAAUAAGGACCAGGAGGUGUCCUUCGAGGAAUUCAUGGCUUUUGUCAGCAAGGUCUUGAUCCAUUGCCACAAUAAGUUCCACCAUGACCACUGAGGGAGCGACGGGAGGCCGAGAUUGCUUCUCCUCUCUAAUCCUGGUUUAGCCCCACGCCCAACCUUCAGGGCUUCUGGGCUCAGGCUCGGAAGGGGCUGAGGAGGCACAAUAAAGAAUUUAAUCUUCUCCC